AUGACUAAACGCUUUCCUAUAGAUUGUUCCUGCCCCAGCUCAUAACGCAUCAAAUUUAGGUGUUGCCUUUCUUUUCCAUCUUCCUACUGCCUUCAUUUUUUUUUCUUUUGUGGUAGGUAUAGUUUAUGGAAUAAUUUUCCUUUAUUUUAGUAGACAAGUAGGACUGAUUCAGAAGAAUAUUUCUUUUCUAUAUGUGGAGGUCUUGCACUCUUGGUCCUCCAAGUGCCCACCAGCAAAACCUGCUUGCUGCUACUGAUCUGAUUCUCUCCUCCAUCUCCUUGUCUCUGUCUGAAUGUCCAAGCUCCUGUCCAAAAAGCAGCCUUCUGCUGCAGUUCCAUGGAUAGAGAAAGAAAAAUACCAAAAAAACAAAGACCCUUACUUCAAGUUCUUGGUCAAUCCCCACUUUAGAUACACUGCCUUGCUUUUCGUGUUUCUCUCCUUAUGGUUUUUGUUUCAAGUGUUUUGGUUCCCACCGACAAAAACCCAUUACGCCGCCACCACCGUUUCCGCCGUCACCACCACCACUUCUUAUGGAGUUCAUCAAAAUCCCAGAACGACGGUAACAUUGUCAUCUCCCAAAUGCAACGGGAGGGUGUCAGUCUAUGUGUAUAAUUUGCCUGAGGAGUUUAACGUCGGCCUCCUGCAGGAUUGCAGCCACUUGAAUGUCUACACCAACAUGUGUCCCCACGUGGCUAACCGCGGUCUAGGCCAGCCGCUGGACAACAUGGAACUCGGCUUGAGCGACGUUAAUCCCUGGUUCGCGACCCACCAGUUCAUAGCGGAGAUGAUUUUCCACGCACGUGUGGAGAACCACCCUUGUCGCACGUGGGAUCCUUCGAAGGCCACUCUCUUCUACGUGCCUUUCUACGGUGGUCUCCACGUGUCCAGCAAAUUCCAGGAGCAGAAUCACACUACUCGCGACGCGUUAGCCGUUCGAUUGGCUGACUACCUGGAAGACCAACCCUCCUGGCGAGAGCAUUACGGUAAGGACCACUUCAUUGCUCUGGGGAGAACCUCAUGGGAUUUCAUGAGAACCGACAGUGGGCCCGAUUUCGGUGCGAACUGUCUUCUAAAUCUGCCACCUGUGAAAAACAUGUCGGUGCUGACCGUGGAGAGGAAUCCCUGGCAAGGCUCAAACCAGCACGGCAUCCCUUACCCUUCCUACUUCCACCCGUCCACGUCAGACCAAAUGUUGACAUGGCAGCGUAUGUUACGGCGAUCAAAUCGGCCCUACUUGUUCUCCUUCAUCGGGGCCCCACGAAAGGGGGUGGACAAAGCAGCCAUCAGGGACGAAAUGAUAAAGCAAUGUGCGGAGUCCACCCGCUGCAAGCUGCUGCAAUGUAACCAUGGAAACCCCAAGUGCUACAACCCAGCCGAAAUCUUAAGAGUGAUGAGAGAAUCCCAGUUUUGCCUACAAGCCCCCGGCGAUUCCUUCACGAGGAGGUCAACGUUCGACUCAAUUCUUUCCGGUUGUAUACCGGUGUUCUUUUCCCGGCACACGGCAUACACGCAGUACGCUUGGUUUUUGCCUGAGAAGACGUCGGAAUAUUCGGUUUAUAUCGAUGAACAAGGCAACGGAAGCAAAAGGAUAGAAGCGGAGCUGUCGAAGAUAUCGGAAGAAGAGGUGGAGAGAAUGCGAGCUACGGUGAUUGAUAUGAUUCCAAGGCUCACUUACGCGCACCCUAAUGCGAGCAGUACCGAUCUCGGGUUCGAAGAUGCUGUCGACGUUGCGCUUGAUGCCCUGGCACACCAUGUUAGGACCAAAAUAUAAGACGAUGACGCCAUUGCUGAGUCUAGGUAGUUAGCUUUAGAGUAAGGAUGGAGCCAAUAAAUUCAAAAAAAGAAAGUGUGUAUAGAGGUAGUUGUGAAUUAAUUUCAGUUUGUACGUGGCUUACACGAGUGAACAUGCAUACCCACGUUCUGAUCUUUGAUCCCAGAUAGCCUUUGCAUGCAUGAACGAUAUCGGCUAUGAAUUGCACACAAUGCUUUGAAGCUUGACUUAUGCAGUGGGGACGAAGAAAAGUCCAAUGGGGAUCGGGGACCCUCGCCUUCAUCUUUAGAUUUUGACAUCCAAGGAAGACAUUCUUGUAUGUUUUGGUGAAAUAUAUUUGGCGUCGACAGAUCAAAAUGUUUUUAUUUUCGGUGAUAAUUCGAAAGAGUGAUAUUAUUUCGAUUAAUAUGUACUUAUUGCAUUUUUUGUAAAAAUGUCACGAAUUUUAAUAUAAAAAA